UGUGUGUCCUCUCAAAGUGUUCAGCCAACUUUUCGACAUCGUAAACAUGCCCGCCACGAAUGUUUAGCAAUAGUGUGGAUGGAAGGCCCAACGAGGAAUAAUGCUUAUGUGGCAUCGUCUUCAAGCAUUGCCUCAGAUUUCGGUGCAUUUCGAAGCGCCUGUCCCUUGAAAAAGUUUGCUCAACCACAUUCUCAACUGGAAUGGUCUUAUUUCCAGGCAGGUCCGGUUGGUGACGCCAACACAAUUGUGUUUCUACAUGGAACCAGCAGUACAGCUGCUGCAUUCUUUUAUCAGGUUACAUCUCUCAGUGAAAAGGGUUACCAUGUAGUGAGCGUGCAAUACCCAGCCUUUUCCAACCCUUUGGACUGGUGCAAGGGUUUCGAUCGCUUCCUGGAUGAGAUCAAGUGCCGAGCGGUUCAUGUCGUAGGAGCUGGUCUUGGUGGUUUCCUGGCCCAGCAUUUCGCAUCAAAGUAUGCCGUGCGCGUGAAGUCACUGGUGCUUUGCAACUCCUUUGCUUCUACCUAUGCCUUCGAGUCGAGAGCUGGCACGUGGGGAUCCUUGAUUCCGGUGAUGCCAGCCACAUUCUUGCGACAGGCCAUGCAAGAUACUCUGCCCCAGGGUGGCUUUAUGGAGCUGAGCGCCAAGCAGGCGAUCGAUUGGGUCGGCCAGCAGAUGAACGACCUGAGUGGCGAUGACUUGGCCAGCAGGCUGAGCCUCAACUGCAGUGGCAGCCAUGUAGAACCUUUGCAACUUGAGAACAGCAAGAUCACCAUCCUAGAGUCCAACGGCGAGACCAUGGUGCCAGAUGAACUGCGACGGCAGCUCAAGCUCAUGUGAGCCUAGGAAGAGGUAUCAAGGAGCUUGCUUUGCAGAGCUGAAGUCUCGGGGUGAUUUUCCCUAUCUCUCUCGGCCGGAAGAGGAGAUAGCAUAAGUUUGUUUGCUUUGCUGUGAUGACUUGGUGACGCUUCAACUCUUUUGGC